CAGUCUGACAAAAUGGUGACCUCAACCAAGGGCAAGGUCUGUGUAACCGGGGCUUCAGGCUUCGUUGCCUCUUGGCUCAUCAAAAGACUUCUCGACUCAGGGUAUCAUGUGCUAGGGACGGUCAGAGACCCAGGAAAUCACAAAAAGGUGGCACACGUUUGGAAAUUACCUGGAGCCAAGGAGAGGCUGCAACUUGUGAAAGCUGAUCUGUUGGAAGAAGGGAGCUUUGACGACGCCGUGAUGGCUUGCGAGGGUGUCUUCCACACUGCAUCGCCUGUCCUCGCUAAGUCUGAUUCCAGUAGCAAGGAAGAAACGCUCGUUCCUGCAAUAAACGGUACUCUGAAUGUGCUAAGAUCGUGCAAGAAGAAUCCAUUUCUCAAGAGGGUUGUUCUUACAUCUUCAUCGUCUGCGGUGAGAAUUAGGGAUGAUGCUCAGCCAAACAUCUCACUGGAUGAAACAACAUGGAGCUCUGUGCCACUCUGUGAAAAGAUGCAGCUAUGGUAUGCCCUGGCAAAGGUAUUUGCAGAGAAAGCAGCAUGGGAGUUUGCCAAGGAGAACAACAUUGACCUUGUGACUGUUCUUCCAUCAUUCGUGGUUGGGCCCAGUUUAUCCCAUGAAUUAUGCGUUACCGCUUCAGAUAUCCUUGGCUUAUUUCAAGGUGACACUGGCAGGUUCAGUUCUUACGGAAGAAUGGGAUACGUUCACAUCGACGAUGUCGCAAGCAGCCACAUCCUAGUGUACGAGACACCCGAGGCUACUGGGAGAUACCUGUGCAGCUCAGUGGUGCUGGACAACAACGAGCUGGUCUCCUUCCUUGCAAAACGAUACCCGAUCUUCCCCAUACCUCGGAGAUUGAACAACCAGUAUGGGAAGCAGUGGUAUCAGCUGAACACGUCCAAGCUGCAGGGGCUUGGCUUCAAGUUCAAAGGAGUGCAGGAGAUGUUUGAUGACUGCGUCCAGUCGCUCAGAGAACAGGGCCAUCUGCUGGAAUGUCCGUUGUGAUGGAAGGG